AUGGCUCGCGCAUACACUGUGCAAGAUUUUGAUUACUAUAUGGCUGAAGUUAAUCGAAUUGAUCAUCGAGUGAAGACUUACCUGUAUGAAAUUGGCUAUAGUAAAUGGUCAAGGGCACAUUCCACAAGUAAUAGAACUAUGACCAUGACAUCCAACAUAGCAAAGUCGCUUAACUCAGCAACAAAAGACGCACGAGAUCUCCCAAUAACAAGGCUACUUGAAGAGAUGCGUAAAUUAAUUGAGAAAUGGAACUAUGACAAGUCAAAAGAAGCUCUGUAUACAAAUACCAAACUUACAACAAAUUAUGAAUCAAUUCUUGCUGAUAACCUGGAAAUUGCACUACAUAUGAUGUGCCCGCAUAUGUUGUUUUAUGGUCCUCCUGGAACUGAAAAGACGACCACUGAUCUUGCCAUUGUUUUCAAAGACCAUGCCCAUCAGCAAGUUGCGUAA